AAGAAUCCCAUUACGUUUAGAGCGCCACGUACAUUCGUGAAUAGUAGUUUUCUUGAAGGAUGAAUCAGCUGGCCGGUGUACGUAGACUACUGGAAGAAGAGGCAUGGCUGCAGGACAGGCUCAGCAGGGUGAUCUUUUGAAUAUGAACCACAGAGAAAACUGGAAGGUGCAGCAUGAGAAGCUCCACGUUAAGCAUCGCGGUCACGAGGCCAUGCACGCGGAGAUGGUCCUCAUUCUCAUCGCCACCCUGCUGGUGGCGCAGAUCGUCCUGGUGCAGUGGAAGCAGAGGCACUGCAGGUCCUACAACCUGGUCACCCUGGUACAAAUGUGGGUGGUCCCUCUGUAUUUCACUAUAAAGCUGUACUGGUGGCGCUUUCUCUCCACGUGGGGGAUGUUCUCCGUCAUAACCAGCUACGUCAUCUUCAGGGCCACCCGUAAGCCCCUCUCUGGCAGGACCCCUCGGAUGGUAUACAAGUGGUUCCUCCUCAUAUACAAACUGAGUUAUGCAGUUGGUGUCGUUGGAUACCUGGCAAUUAUGUUCACAAUGUUUGGGUUCAAUGUGUUCUUCAGGAUUAAAGCAGAGGAUUCAAUGGACGUGGGCGUGAUUAUGCUGUUUUAUGGCCUGUACUACGGGGUCAUGGGCCGGGACUUUGCCGAGAUAUGCUCGGAUUACAUGGCCUCGACUAUCGGUUAUUACAAUGUCGGGGGCAUGCCUUCUAGAAGCCUCCGCGAUGACAUAUGUGCUGUGUGCGGGCAGAAGAUCUUCGUGGAUGUGGACGAGGAAGGGAUUAUUGAAGACACAUAUCAGCUAUCUUGCAACCACAUAUUUCACGAAUUCUGUAUCCGGGGCUGGUGCAUUGUGGGAAAAAAGCAGACCUGCCCCUACUGCAAUGAGAAGGUGGACCUGAAGAGAAUGCUGAAUAAUCCCUGGGAACGCACACAUAUGCUAUACGGACAGUUAUUGGACUGGCUGCGAUACCUUGUUGCUUGGCAGCCUAUAAUUAUUGGCAUUGUUCAUGGUAUUAAUUUCUCUUUGGGACUUGAAUAGUACUUUGCAGCAUUGCGUUUAGAUUAAUAAUUUGCAUGUAUGUAUUAUUUGUAAAUUCUGUAUUUCAUCAUGUAUAGGCAAAGGAAACUUUUAUAUGUUAUAAUUUAUUGAAAGAAAUGGUUUACAGCACUAAAAGCCUUGCAGUUUUGCACCUCACCAUCUCCAACGUAAAAAAAAAAAAACUAUCUGAACGUAAAACAGUAAUUGCUUUGCUCUUUGUACAUAAAGUACCCCCCAAUUUCACAUCUAAUGAGAUAAUUUAUUCAAUAAAAAUCAAUAUAUAGUAGCAGGAAGCAAAGUUACAUAAACCUGGAUGCUGUUCUAUGGCAUGCUUCUAGAAAAAUUUUCAAGCAGUUGCAUUAUAAAUGCAUUCAAUGUUUUUUCAAUUCAGUUUAAUUUUAAUUGUGCAGUGCAUUUUACAGGGAUGAUGUCAUAUGCUUUGCUGGAAAAUUGGGAAAGAUGCCAGAAUUCCAUGAAAACUUGCUUGGUCAUUACAUUUAAAAGAACGUAUUGUAAUUUUGCUGUAAUGUGAUAUAAUGGGCUCAUGGAACAUUCAGUGGACUGCGACUUAAAAUUAAACAAAGAUAAUACUCUUGUUUGUCAGAAUUGCAAGAUAGAUAAGGAAACAUUUUCAUUUACAAAAUGAAUUUAGUAGGAAGUUUCUUUUGCAUUACAAUUUUGGUUUUGACAAAGGCAGUUGCCAAAGGUCAGUGUUUAUUCAACUUCCUGAAAUGUAUUAACUCAUUCAUGAAGUUGUUUAUCCAAGGACAAUGUCAAUAAAGUUUAGACCAAAUAGAACCAAAAGCUAAUAAAUUAACGAGAAUAAAUGAUCAAUGCAGGUCAAGAAUGUGUAAAAUGUUCACUGAUGUGAAUUGCCUGUUGUUAUUAUAAUGAGUAGCACAUUUUUCCUCACAGCAAAUCAUUGCCAAACAGUAAGAAUUUAACAUAAGGUGCAAACAAAAAUUUAUAUUUGUGUGCAAAUUUUAUAUUUCUUUGCAAACUGUACAUUUAUGUGCAUGUUUCUACUGGAAGAUUAUUUACAACGGUAUUGAUUUUUGCAGCCAUUUAGCUUGAACUACUCAUAUUAUGGUGUUAAGGAAAUCUCAUUUUUGAUUAACUUACUCUAAAUAAAUACAUUCAUACAAAUCACAAUAAAGAAGUGUUUGAAAGCUAGUUUGAAAUAUGCAUGAAAGGAGGAAUACAGCAUAUACAUAAACCUGAAAACCAAAAGGGAACUUGUUUUUAACAUUCUAGAGCUAGAUUAUUGACAUUAUUGUGUGUAUUUUAUAUUUGGUUGUUUAAAGGACACUUGCUUUAUUGCUAAUUUUUAACAUGUCUUUUUUACAAAACAGGAUAACCCAUUGGCCACAGGGCAGCCUGAGGGUUGCAAUGGUUUAUUUUUAUAGUGUGGAGUCUUCUAGAAACAAAGAUUCUCAAGGGCUCUUUGAGCUUACUUUAACUGUUGAAGUUCCUGUCAGUAUUGAAUUAUGGCCAGGAAUCUAGAAAUCCUCCAGUUGAGCUUCAGCUGUGUUCCGAUGCCGUUGGAAGAAAUAAAAUGUUUUUCUGA